UAGAAGCAGAUUUCGGGAGGUGGGAGGAGUGACGUUGUAAACUUCUGCUUCCCGAGCCAAAGGAGUUGUCUUCCUUCCAGAUGGACGGAUAGUUCUCGCUGUAAACACCUGGGAAAAUACGACUCUUGAGGACUAUAUCAAAAAAGGAUGGAGUCCUCAUGUCUGGACCUGGCGCUGGAAGGUGAAAGGCUCUGUAAGGCCGGUAAUUAUCGUGCUGGUGUUUCUUUCUUUGAGUCUGCCAUCCAGGUUGGAACCGAGGACCUCCAAAUCCUCAGCGCCAUCUAUAGUCAGCUUGGCAAUGCUUACUUUCACUUGCAGGAGUAUAACAAAGCCUUGGAAUACCAUCGACAUGAUCUCACACUUACAAGGACGAUUGGCGAUGAACUUGGUGAGGCCAAAGCCAGUGGCAAUCUUGGGAACACAUUAAAGCUUUUAGGACGCUACAAUGAAGCUGUGGUUUGUUGCCAAAGACAUUUAGACAUCACCAGAGCUACGUGUGAUAAGGUUGGGCAGGCCCGAGCGCUGUAUAAUUUUGGGAACGUUUACCACGCCAAGGGCAAAAGCAUCUGUUGGUCGGGAACAGAGCCAGGAGAGUUUCCAGAGGAAGCGAGAAUCGCCCUGAGGAAAGCUUCACAGUACUAUGAGGCAAACCUGUGCUUGGUGAAGGAGUUGGGGGAUCAUGCAGCCCAGGGUCGCACCUACGGGAACCUUGGUAAUACCUAUUACCUGCUGGGGGACUUUGAAACUGCUGUAGCAGCACAUGAAAAGCGCCUACUUAUUGCUAAAGAGUUUGGAGACAAGUCUGCUGAAAGGAGAGCACACUGUAACCUUGGCAAUGCUCAUAUAUUCCUUAGCCAAUUUGAAGUGGCAGCCGGUCAUUAUAAGAGGACUCUGCAGUUGGCCAGGCUUUUGAAGGACAAGGCAGUGGAGGCCCAAGCCUGUUACAGUCUGGGCAACACCUACACACUCCUUCAGGACUAUGAGAGAGCCAUUGAUUAUCACCUCAAACAUCUGGUCAUUGCUCAGGACCUCAACGACAGGAUUGGUGAAGGGAGGGCAUACUGGAGUCUAGGAAAUGCCCAUACCGCCCUGGGGAACCACGAACAAGCUAUGCACUUUGCUGAAAAACAUCUGGAAAUUGCCAAAGAGACUGGAGACAAAAGUGGUGAGGCGACUGCACGGAUGAAUUUGUCAGACCUCCGGCUAGUUGUGGGUCUGAAGUCCAACAUCUAUUCCAACAUCUUCAGCAAAACGAACAACACUGCUUUGUCAGUAAGCCACCAGAGUUACCUCAACAUGUCAGGGAUGACGUCACCGUCAAGGAGGCAAGGCAGUGCAGAGACCCUGGACGGUCCAAAUCAAACUGGGGAUUCAUCGUUGCAUACGAGCUGGGAGGAAGAUAAACUCUCAAGGUCUUCGAAAAAUAACACGAUAAAGGCUUCCACGAAGCUCUUCCUGUUUCACCGACUAAAAAGCAAGAAGCACAAAAACAACACACUUCCAAAAGACCAACAUGAAAACGCGUUGGACCACUCUGUUCCUGAUUUGGACCCACCUGUGUCUCCUAAGCCAACAUCACAUGACACAAUUGGAGAGGAUGGCUUUUUCGACCUCCUCUCUCGUUUCCAGGGAAACCGAAUGGAUGACCAAAGGUGCUCUCUUUUAGAUGACUCGAGCCAUCACAAUGCCAGUUCCUCUCCCUCAUCCACCCCACCUGUAGCUGAAAGAAAAUCUACAGGUAUACUGGAUUGCGAAGCACCAUUGCAGGAUCCUGCUCAUUUCCUGGAGCUGCUGGCCAGCUCCCAGGCCCGGCGUCUGGACGACCAACGAGUCAGCCUGAGCCAUUUUCCUGGCUUGAGACUCAGCACCUGCAACCGGCCCAGUACACCCUCCACCUCGAGCGAAAACCAAGACCCUUCACAAGCCCCAAUUUCCAAUGCAGAUCCAGCUCACACACCCUCCCAAUACAGCUGCGACGAGACCAGCAUUAACCAGCUGGAGGGAGAUGAUGUCUUCUUUGAUAUGCUUGUCAAGUGCCAGGGCUCCAGAUUGAAUGACCAGAGGUGCGCUGCUCCACCCUCUGCUACACGAGGACCAACUGUCCCAGAUGAAGAUUUCUUUAGUCUCAUCUUGCGUUCGCAGUCAAACAGGAUGGAGGAACAGAGGGUCGUGCCGCCAUCUGACGUCAGCCAGUCCAAACCAGACUGAUGUCAUGGAACUGAAUUCCAAUUUUGAUUAUUGUAGCAUUCAAAAUGACAUUUCUGACCUCCUAUUUAGUUUUAUAUUUUAUUUUCUUAAUAUUUCAAUCAUCCAAAACCGAACAGAAAAUAUAAAGUAUUGAUUGUCUCCAAUUAUGUGGGGAAACAUCUUAGGGAGUGUCAAAUUUCAGGAUUACAAGGCUUCCAUAUUAAGCAUUGUUGUUUCUGGUUAAGUGUCGUAUUCUCUCAGAGCAGCGUCUUUUGGUUGUGCCUCUCAAUGACAAUGAAUGAAAAGGCCAAUAUGAAAGCAAGAAAGGAAUUAUCUUGACAACUGGGAGGCCCUUGCCAUUAUAUGCCCUAUCUUAUGCAAACGCACAUGUUUUGGACUGGAUUUUUUGGAUUGGUGUAGCUGUAGCAUUUUUGGAUUAAUAUCAAAUAAGUGUUCUUUGUUGGGACAUAAUUUACUUCGAGCUUAGUGUUUCUGGAGCAAACGGUUCUUUGCCAGUCAUACAACUACCGGUAUUUUUUUUCUGAAGUCUUUUAAGCAUGUAUGUCACAUUUUAGUGCCAUGACUAUUUUUCUAAUUUAAGGCCACACUUUUGAAGGGACUUGAACUGGUGAAAAAAUGUUUUGAAUUUUAUACUGAUGAGGUCUCAAAACACACACCAGAAAAAAAUAAUAAAAUCAUUUUAUUCUUA